GGUUCCGGUGUUACCAGCUCUCAAAUUCUUCGAGGUAUGGUGUUCAGAAGGGAAGCUGAGGGUGAGAUCAAGGAAGUUCGUGACUGCAAAAUAGCCGUAUUCUCGUGUCCGGUUGAUGCACUUCACACCGAGACGAAAGGCACUGUACUCCUAACUUCGGCUGACGAACUUACUCAGUUCAGCAAAGGUGAAGAAAAUCUUAUGGAAAAGGGUUCCGGUGUUACCAGCUCUCAAAUUCUUCGAGGUAUGGUGUUCAGAAGGGAAGCUGAGGGUGAGAUCAAGGAAGUUCGUGACUGCAAAAUAGCCGUAUUCUCGUGUCCGGUUGAUGCACUUCACACCGAGACGAAAGGCACUGUACUCCUAACUUCGGCUGACGAACUUACUCAGUUCAGCAAAGGUGAAGAAAAUCUUAUGGAAAAGCACAUGCAAGCGAUAGCUGAUGCUGGUGUCAAAGUUGUUGUCAGCGGGGGGAAGAUAGGUGAACUUGCAUUACAUUACGCGAACAAACUGGGUAUUAUGCUUGUCCGAUUGAGCAGUAAAUUUGACAUCCGCCGCUUGUGCCAAGCAACCGGAGCAGUCGCACUUCCGCGUUUGACAGCCCCAACGGCCGAAGAGGUAGGGCAUGUUACUCACGUUCGUACAGACGAAAUCGCGGAUGCAAGCGUUGUGAUUUUCGAACAAGAUGUUCACGAAGGUUCGGUUGUCACCAUCCUGGUCCGCGGCAGUACAGACAACAUAAUGGACGACGUAGAGCGCGCUAUUGACGAUGGUGUUAAUACUUUCAAAUGCCUGACACGAUCUCCUAAGGUGGUUGCCGGUGCAGGUGCUACGGAGAUCGAACUUGCCCGCCGUCUGUUGUCGUAUGCUGACACGCUGACUGGUCUGGAACAAUAUGCCGUCCGAGAGUUUGCCCGCGCCUUCGAAGUCGCCGUGAGGACUCUGGCUGAAAACGCUGGGGAAAAGGCUACUGAAAUCAUUGCGAUGUUAUACGCCAAGCACGAGUCUGGACAACAUCACACUGGUCUGGUUACCAAACCUGGAGGUGAAGUGGAGGUGGGCGAUUCUGUCAAGUUCUCGAUACUUGAUACGCAUUUACUGAAGCGCUGGGCUAUUCGGUUUGCCACGGAUGCCGCGUGCACGGUACUACGUGUUGACCAGUUUGUCUAUGGAAAUCACAUCUAUCAUACGGACGUUUGCUUGACAGCCUUGAGACCUCGCUACCAGCGCAUGUUAGAUGGUCACUACUUACUUGGGUCUCGUUUUAGCUGUUCUUCCCGCCCGUCCAUGACUGUUACUGCCCAAACCAGUCCUGAUGUGAACAGCGAUCCAUUUCUGCUAGAGAAUCCCUUGGAAGCGGGUCCUGUGGAAGACCCGGACGACCCCCUGGACCCGAGCUUUUUUGAUGUGGUCGAUAGCCUGGAAGGCGGUACAAAUGACUCUCCGGAUUUGUAUUCUGUUUUGGGUGUACCGAGAGAUGCUGACAUCGCGACGAUCCGUACCGCGUACAAACGACUCAGUCUGCUGCUUCAUCCGGAUCGACACACAUCAUCUUCCACGGGUGACAGCAAUUCAGUUCCAAACCGGUUGGUCGUUGCAGAUGCUGAAGCUGCUUUCGGACGCGUAUCUACUGCCUAUGCAGUUCUAAGUGAUCCAGCGAAGCGUAGAAUUUACGAUGCUUACGGCCAUGAAGGUCUGCAGGUUCAAGGCUGGGAGAUAACAGGAUGCGAGAAAUCCGCACCAGAGAUGCGCCUAGAGUAUCUGAUGCUGAAACAGAAGGCCAAGGCCGAAAAGCAACUCCAGCUUACACAACCUUCAUCUGAAUUUGCUUUGGGUCUUGACCUUACUGACGUGUUUGACCGAUAUUUGGAGGAGCCUAUCGAAGAACGUACAGUCCGACCGAAGCCCUCUGUGAACCAACUCACCCUUGCCCAGUCAGUUACAGCAGGGCUGACAACACGGAAUGCGGUCACACUAGCUGGACAGGUUACUGCGCACAACGGGCUUGGAGUUGGUACUUGGAUGCUGAUGUGGCGACAUCACUGUGGCAAGCGAUCUCUACUCAGUUUUACAACGAUUGAUUCUGAAGUUUCUUACGGUCGUGGUGGUCGCGGACUUGGUGCUGGCGUUCGAUUACGACGAGCUUUUGGUGAUCGUUUCGUUGGAAAUCUGGGUUUCAGUUUGAAUUCUGCUGGCAGUCAGGCGCAAUCACGGAUUUCACUCAUCCCCGGGAUCUCCACUGGUUGGCAUAUUCAACUUUUGCCGCGUACUCAGGCACGUAUCGAAUGGCGGUGGAACCUGGAUCCUGGCCUAUCUGCAGAAGUCUUGUGGUCUUCCGAGGGCGAUGAAUAUGCCGUCCGUCUGUCCACGCGACUAAGUGCCAUAGGUAGGGCUGGAGUGGCACUGCGACUAGAGAAAACCGUUUUAUGGUCGUGGCUCAACCCACCCCGUGGAUCCGGUGCUGGAAAAGGGGAAGAGACCCAUUCUUGGAAUUCGACUCCUGAUUGGGCAAAAGACGAUGAAGAGGAACUAGAAAUUCAUUCCGGCAAACACGGUCGAAUUUUCGGCUCGGUCGAUGUAAACACGGUCGACUUGGUUGAACUCACUGUCGGUGCACAGUGCUCAGUUUCACUUUAUUCCCGUCUAUCUGGAUCCCUUUCCUUUAGCUUUCAACGUGGAGUAAACUUACGUAUCAGCCUGUUACGAGGCACGCAGAGCUAUUCACUUCCAAUUAUCCUUUCGGAGCAACCUAACCGUGUCGCCGCAGGUUACGGGUUCGUAGUCCCUCUCCUACUUUUUGCUGCGUUUCGAACCCUUGUCUACGAACCCUAUCUGAAUCGGCAACUUGAGAGGGCACAAGUUUCUCGUCGGGCAAAGCUUCGAAAUGAAUUAAUUCGUCGCAGACGCGAAGCUCUCUCAACUCAAGAACUCAUGAAGCAUACUGCGAACCGCAUUCGUGAAUCUGAAGCCGCUGUAGGUGGCUUGGUAAUCGUGCAGGCCACUUUCGGUUACAUCCCACCUGUGGACAGUGAGCAGAAAUUGUCGGACGCAGGUGGUCCGCUGAAUUUCGAUGUCACUAUUCCACUCCAAGCUCUCGUUGAACAAAAUCAACUACGCCUUCCUCCCGGGCGUUGGUCAGACAUCCAAGGUUUCUACGACCCAUGUGUUGGAAUCGUUCGACUACCGGGACAGAAAGGCGUUUUACGGCAGCUCCAUGUUGUGUAUACCUUUCAUAACACUCCUCAUGAGGUCAUCGCCGAUGAGUCCCAAGGACUCGCCAUCCCCUUAGCCAAGCAUAAGAUCGAAACACUGUGACCCUCAAAGGUCUACCUCAUAUGACACCCAAACUACCGUCUUUCACCUGGCCUGCUUUACGAUCUUAAGUUACCUUCCUCAUAUGUACCCACAGACUCGGUGUUUCUACAAACUUGCGAUAGCCCGGUUCCAGUGCUGCGCCAUUGGUCCUUCCUUUGUACAUUUUUUACUUGUGUAUAAAAAGAGACUUAGAUGUAGCUAAAAUAUUAUUUUAAUUGGUUUAUGCUGUUUAUUUCUCGAAAAUCAGUUCCAAUUAGAG